AUGGCGUGGGGCUAUUGGAGCGCGACCGUUAGCGACCGGGGUCGGUCACCUCGCCGCGAGAAGGACAAACAUCAUCAGAGCCUGCAUCCGCAUCAGCCAUCGUCGCAGCAGCAACAAAUGCACCAGACGGAGAGCCCGUACGCCACCACGCAGAGCACUUACGCCACCGUGCAGGAGCGCGAGCUCAGCGUGACCGUCCCCGGCGUGGGGGUCGCGACGGAGGAACCACCCUGCAGCAUGAUGAUCCAGGGUGGUUCCUUCUACUCGUACUCGGCGGCGACGGCGGCCGCCGCGGCCGCCGCCAUGAACCGUCGCAUCCCCACCGUCGUCGAGGGUAGCGGUCCGUCCUCCAUUACCUCCACCGGCAUCCAGGUGUUACCGCGGGAGCGCCACGUGAGACCCGGCACCAGCACGCAUCCGCCGUCGCCGGGCAGCGGUGACUCGGCCGAGUACGAGCAGCCGCUCGUCGGCCACCUGCGCUCCGCCGACAUCUCGCCGCCCUCUUGCCUCGGCAGUCCGCCGCAUCACCAUCACUACCAUCAUCACCACCAUCACGACGACAUCUUCGCGCAGCCCGGCACCUCGUCCAGGGUGACGAAGAUGCUCCAGUGCCCGCCGGACGAGGGUAUGGACGAGCUGUCCGAGGCGGAGCUCGAGGAGGUGACGGCGAACGCCGAGCUGAUUUACGGCAUCACACCGAGCGCGACGUGCCGGGUGCACGGGCCGUGCAGCCAGCAGCCGCUCUCGCUGCCACCGGAGCCCACGCUCUCGAUGACGUCGCUGCUCGACGUCGAGCCCGCGGGCCCGUCGCAGUUCCAGUUCAACGAGAUCACCUGGGUUUUCCCGAACGUGCCGCCCGCCCCCGGGAUGCCGUGCCAGGGAGAAGACAGAAGCAUCUACAGACGUGGCGCUCGUAGAUGGAGGAAGCUGUACCGUGUGAACGGCCAUAUUUUUCAGGCGAAACGAUUUAACCGGCGGGCCUUCUGCGCGUUCUGCCAGGAUCGGAUCUGGGGCCUCGGGCGGCAGGGGUUCAAGUGCAUCCAAUGCAAGCUGCUCGUGCACAAAAAGUGUCACAAGGUGGUGCGGAAGCCAUGCCUGAGCCAGCAGCAGCAGCAGCAGAGCGCGGAGUCGCAGACGAUCGACAGAAACGGCGACCAACAGCUUGAUCCGUAUCCGUGCGGCCCAGGGACUCAUCUCGAGGAUGAGAUCACGGAAUCACCGGUCAUCGAGGAGCGUUCGCGCGAUCGAAUCGGACGUGAGGAAGGGGAAGAAUUGCCAUUGGACACGCUGAACGAGGGCGACACUUCGAACGACAUGCAACGACAGUAUUCACUGAACGACUUCGAGUUGAUUAGGGUGAUCGGCCGUGGUUCCUACGCGAAGGUCUUGAUGGUGGAGCUGAAGCGUACCAAGAGGAUCUACGCUAUGAAGGUGAUCAAGAAGUCCCUGGUGACAGACGACGAGGACAUCGAUUGGGUGCAGACGGAGAAGCACGUGUUCGAGACCGCUUCGAAUCAUCCCUUCUUGGUGGGCCUGCACUCCUGCUUCCAGACACCAUCGCGCCUGUUCUUCGUGAUCGAGUUCGUACGCGGCGGCGAUCUCAUGUUCCACAUGCAAAGACAGCGCCGUCUUCCCGAGGACCACGCGCGGUUUUAUGUGGCUGAGAUCAGUCUGGCGUUGAAUUUCCUGCAUGAAAAGGGUAUCAUAUAUAGGGAUUUGAAACUGGAUAACGUACUGCUUGAUCACGAAGGGCACGUUAAGCUUACGGAUUACGGGAUGUGUAAGGAAGGUAUCCGGGAGGGCGACAACACCGGCACCUUCUGCGGCACUCCCAAUUACAUCGCUCCCGAGAUUCUACGUGGCGAGGAAUACAGCUUCUCGGUGGACUGGUGGGCUCUGGGAGUUUUGCUGUACGAGAUGCUGGCGGGCCGCAGCCCCUUCGAUCUCACCGGCGCGGCCGAGGACCCGGACAAGAACACCGAGGAUUUCCUGUUUCAAGUCAUUCUGGAGAAGACCAUACGUAUACCGCGAUCCUUAUCCGUUAAGGCUGCGUCUGUCCUCAAAGGAUUCCUUUGCAAGGAUCCCGCGGAGAGGCUGGGUUGCGGAAAGAGGCCUUCUGGUUUCCUCGACAUUGUCGCUCAUCCCUUCUUCAAAGCGAUCGAUUGGGAAAUGUUGGAACAAAAACAAGUUACGCCACCCUACAAGCCACGUUUGGAUUCCGAUCGCGAUCUCGCGAACUUCCCGCCCGAGUUUACGGAUGAGGAAGUCCGUUUGACUCCGGAUGAUCCGAAACAAAUUGAGAAGAUCGACCAGAGCGAAUUCGAUGGUUUUGAGUAUGUGAACCCUCUAUUAAUGUCACUGGAGGACUGCGUGUGACAAGAGCCACUUUUCAUUGUGCAGCGUCACAAUCACGAUCAGCAGCAGCUGUAUCAUCAGCAGCAGCAGUAUCAGCUGCAGCAGUGUUACAUGUACGAGUUGCAAGACAGACUCGCGAAACUUCGUAUCGAUCCCCUACUCCCCGUUGUCGGCUCAAGCAAUCAAGGUUAUCACAAUAACGUAUUUCUAAUGACGUACUCGGAGGAGAAUGAGAACGACAAUAAUUAUAACGAGCAUCAUCGGCUACCGCCGCCCUUCCCCUUCCGAUACGAAAGCCCGGCGUGCUCUCGUUCUCUAAGUAUCACAGACGUAACUUACAGCCCAGGCAAUAAUAACGCGAUCGUUAGCAGCAAUUACGACGAGAACGACUAUGACGAUAUGGAGGAUGAGAAUCCGCGGAAAGGUCUCCUGAAACAGAUAUUUUGCCUUCCAUUAAAUUAAAAGCUCGACACGAGCUUCUCUCUUCUAAAAGGAAUAAGGAAUUACCUCCGAUUCGAUUACUCGAUAACGCAUUUUUGUAGAAACAGCUCGAGACUUACAGUAUCGUCGGACGUAAACGUCCCCGUGUAGUUACGUAGUGUUAAAAAAAAAAUGCGAAAAAUAUUUAAUUCAAUCUGUAUGUAUACAUAUAUGCAUAUAUAUGUAUGUAUAUAUAUGGACACACAACACACACAUAUAUACACAUAUAUAUCUAUCGUUGAGUUAAUUGUUCUCUUUCACACAUGGUGCUGCGAAUAGACAUGUUGAUGGGUAACGUUACUUUCCGCAGCCUUUAGUUCGAAAGCUAAAGGUGAAAACGUACCUGACCGCUUUGAUCGAUCUUUUAGGUACUUUUACAAGGCCGUUCCUCUUGCACAGCGGAUUGAUAUUCCCAAAGUAUCACGUGACUCUGCGGGGGGUAACGAAUCGGCUCAGUGUGCGAGCACGUUGAUUCGCAAUCGACGGGUUCGAUUCCUCAUUCCACAUAUGCUUCGAUUUUAUAAGAAUUAUUAGAAACGUAACUAUAUACCUUUCCUUUCUAUGAAUGAUUAAAAUUUCAUUCCAUUUGACAUCCUGACGGAUGAUUAAAAAAUAGAUAUGAAUGUUUAAUUACAUCGUGGAAGAGUCAUACUGUACCCUAGUAGCAUUUUCUAGCGAAAUCUAGCGUGCAAAAUCUGCGUGCAAUUAAUUACAGCAAUCUACUGCAAAAUUCGUGCACUAUACAUGCAAAUAAAUCGUUUGCAGAUAUUUGCUAUAGAAAUCGAGCUGCCUUGAAGCAGAUUCUUCUUGUAACUGCAGUCUGUAAAGAAUCCAUUAGCAGUCUGUCAGCAGACUGAUAUGAGAUUCUUUCGGCAGAAGUAAUGUGCAGAUUCUGGCAAAAGAAUGCUACAAAUUCUUACCGCAGAUUCUUAACAUAUUCUGCCAGCAGGACGUUAUGAUCUGCUUCCUCAGAUUUACAUCAGUCUUGGAGCAAAUUGCUACUAGGGUAGUAGGCUCUUCCUUUUUUAUUUUUUUAUUUUAUUUUUUAAUAGCUCUUACGAUAUUUCUAAAGUAUCACGUGACUCUGUGGGAUAACGAAUGGCUCAGUGUGCGAGCACAUUGAUUCGUUAAUCGGCGGUCCCGGGUUUGAUCCCUCACCCCACAUAUACCUCGAUUUUAUGAGGUUUAUUAGAAAUGUAGCUACAUAACCAUUUCUUCCUAUAUGAUUAAGAACACAGAUUCAAAUUGACAUUCUCUAAUGAUGAUUAAAAGAUUAAUAUGAUUUAUGAAUUAGUUUCAUUGAAAGAGUCGUACUGUGUCUAGUAGGCUCCUUUUUUUUUUUUGUUUUUUGUUAAAUAGUUCUCGUAUGUACAUUUUCACUGAAACUCGCAGAUAAAAGGUAACGCGGACGGUAAUUAUAUCGAGACGUUGCUUUUAUACGGACGUUCAUAUUAACUCAAUUAAUAAAUCGAUAGUCGUAGCACUGGUCACUUUAUGGAUCGAAGGACCAUCGUGUAUUGUAGUGACAGUUGCGAACUCCAAGCAUUUCAUUUCUGAACGAGAAAUUGUACUCGCUGUUAGAGAUAGAAGGAUAAUACGCAGUAACAAUAAUUUUCUAUGGAUAACGGUGGUUUUUUACUUGUAGUAGGAACGUAUUCUGGAAAUAUUUUUUACUCCGCAGCAAGCUAAUUGUAUUUACACGUUUAUCUACAUUGAUAGUGUGACUCCUCGUCCAAGUGUGUGAGAGAGAGAGAGAGAGUAUUCCGAUUCCUAUAGGGCGUGAUUAGGACAAUUUUUAUAGUUUUUCAAACUAAUGAGCAAACGUACAACCGGGCAGUUGGAGUACUAAAGACUAGUUUACCUUCUUACCGUUAAAAGUAAAGCUACAUAGAGAGAUCAAUCGUGUGCACAGUAUUCCUUGGAUAUUUAUAAAUUGUAAUGAAUAAGAAUCGCGUGUAAUAAAGUUAGAGGCGCCCGCUGUAACUUUAUUCCAAAACUGAUCGAGCAAGCAAAUUUCGAAGCGUAUUACGUCGCAAGUAUUAACCGUAGAAGUAUUACUGAAAUACCACGUGGGACAUUUUUUGCUAGAUUAAUAUACGAUCCGUAAAAGUUAACGAGGAUUCGACGAUAAAACGUUUAAAAAGGUUAAUUUUACGUUACGACGAAACGCGGAGUAGUUCGCGGAAUUAAAUUAUACGUAGACGAGAUUACAUCGUAUAUAUUAGAGAAUUACUGCGCAUUGGGUUUUGUUCUGGCGAACAUAAGGACGACCGCUGUUAAAGACGUUUAAAAAAAGGGGGUGGGAGGGAAGACUUCGCAGUUGCGAAGAUCGAUUGCGGUGUAAUCGUAAUUAUGAAAAGCGUUUAACGUAGAGGUCUCACGCGGAACGGUGUUAACGAGACGACAAGUAUAUACCAAAAUUCACAUCACGUAAAAGAGAGAUGUAAUUAAAAUCUCGUAGUUCUCUCCGGAUUCUCUCGAGCGUAUGCACACAAGUAAACGAUGAAACGCGCGGAUAAGUUUAGUUCUGGCAUUUAGAGCUAUCUUGAAAACAAUCGACGUUACCGCACGAUACCGCUGCCCGACGUAAAUGCGACGACGCUACGUAAAGCGGAAGGUAUCGUGUGACUUGCGUUUUUAGAGGGAAUAUGGUGCCAACACUCGACAUCUUAGCAGUAUCGAACGCGAUACGAGUAUUUACGCGUUGCAGAACUUACGUGAUUCCUCCUCUUCUUCUUUUUCCAGCGACGAACCAGUUUCCGCACUUUACUUUAUCCCUGUGUUUUUCGUUUACCUUUUUUCUCGUUAUAAGAAACAGUUGUGCGUAAGCAUAGAGAAACUUCGUACAUGAAUUCCUAUUGUAACAUAGCGAAUGAAUUAAAUACGUGUUAUAUCCACUGUAAACUUAAUUGUUGCAAAGGCUGCUAUUAUUUUAUAUAAGCUACGGCGAUCCGCUAUUUUUUUAUAGGGACGAGUCGAACGACGAACGCGGGGGAGAGAUAACUAUAAAGUAUUCUAAAUAAGGAGAUCCUUAACGCUGAUGGUAAUCGAACAGUAUAUGUUACAGUAUAUGGUAAUAUGAAAUAUAUAUAUAAUAUAUGUAUAUAUAUUUCAUGUACCGUUGAUUUCGGCACGAUAUACUGCAGUUAAUUAUUUAAGAGACGCUUAAGUAUAUAUUGUUAAAGUCUGCACAUCUUCUGGCGCGAACAUUGUCUUUCCAACGAACGGAGCACGGUGUUUCGCGCGACAAUCGAUACCCGUUGGACGAGGAAAGGAUAUAGGAGAGGAAAAAAAAACAGCCGAUGUAUCACCUGGCGGUCAAUUGAUUGCGCGCGUCGCGCCGAGCUCCGUUUAUAAGUUUAAUAUACGCGGCAUACAGCUGAAUAUUCCAUACUUUGUAUCGUAUUUUAUAUUCUUUUUGAAGGACCAUACAGAGCGCGCGAGUCUUGGGGGAAAAAGUACCGGAGACUUGCAUCGUUUAGACCUUAUCAUUGAUUCUGAAACUUUCCACGUAUUUGUAUGCUUUUGUUGUAGGAAUUUAUGAAAUGUUAUAUACAUAGCUAUUUAUACUCGGAUACCCGAGGAUCUCGGAUAUACUUAAACGAACGAAGAGAUACGUAUUCCAUAAAGAGAUAUAUAUACGCGUAUAUUACAUAUACAUACAUAUAAAUAUAUAUUUAAGUUAGACAGCUACUUAAUUUAAUCGGAUACAGUGCGUCAUCGAGAGAGAGAGAGAGAAAAAGAGAGAAAUUAUGCGGACAUCCGAGCCUCGGAUAUCCCAAAUACGUUCCGAAAGUACGGGGAGAAAUUAUUAGAUUCACGCGAGUAGAUAUUGUAUGAAAUAUAAACUUAGGGGAGUAGCAUAAGAGACUCAAUCAUCUUCGUACUAGGUGCGAUCCUUUUAUAGAUCAUGCGCGUGCGAUGAAAGGAGGAAGAGAAAAAAAAAAGAAUUAGGCGCGAACGUUUCACAAAUAAGGAUUUAUUAAUGUCAGAUUUAUUGAAUGAUACAUACGCUUUCGGAUAAUUUUUACAAACUUUUCCAGGAAUUGAGAUUCUUUUUACUUUUAUUCCCCUUUGACAUUUGUCAGUCUAAAAAUGGAUUUGAAUAUGCACAUCAUCAUUCCUAAGACAAUGAUCGCGAAUAUAAUUUUUCUUUAAAUAACCGCGUAGCGUGAUUUUUGGAGAUUCUUAUUUCUAAUUAUUUCAAUUUUACAAUUUCUCUAAUUGUGCAGUACAACAUAAAGGACAUUUUUACUGUUUCUUUCUUAUUUCCUUAGAACAUCCCGCUAUGUGUACUCAAUAUGUGUAUAUAUAAUAUUUAUGCAUGUACAUAGUGUCAAAAGAUACAGGUACUGUGGUAAAUGAUAUGACGGAAAAGUUUACGAGAGAGAGAAAAAAAUAUAUAUAUAUCGGAGCUGUAGGUAUUUGUAAUAUAUUAAUUAACUACGAAAAACCGAUAGUGACAGUAUAGUACAAUAAUUUCGAACACGCGCAUCACUCCCUAAUGCUCAGUUAAUCUAUCGUAUAACGAUUAUGUGAAUUUACGGUGAGCGUAAUCUAUACGAUCCGCCCUUCUUUCUAAUAAAAUUCUUCCACGUUCA